AUGUUGCCAACAACUGUGAUUCGAUCUCAAGAAAAUUAUGUACAAAAAGGUAAGACAUUUACAACACUUCAAUCCUUCGUAUCUUAUAAGGCUAUGUCAGUUGUGAGAUGUCAUUAAGAUCUUACUUCAAAAUUGACAUCGAUUGUCAGCUAUCAGACAAGAGAUUUUGACAGUUGUCAGCUUAUAUUCAAGGCAAUUGUGAGCUGUAAGAUAGUUUGGAAGAUAUCGAUUCCAAAUUGCUCAACCUGUAUCAGCUUCAAUUAAGAUAUUUUAUAACGUGACAAUGAUAAUAUCUAUCAGGAAGCACGAUUCUGGCUUCCGGAUCCAAAGCUUUGCCGAAUCAGUAAAUGUCUUGUUUAAAACUUCAUUGGUAGUAUUAUUUAAAAUGUUAUAUUUAAAUUCUCUCAUUAGAUGUGAUUUCAAGUCACGAAGCAUAUCAAGGAAAAAUCUCUGGCAGAAAUGCAAUCCCAGGCCCAUGUCAUGUGUGUGGAGACCGCGCUUCGGGCCGCCAUUACGGAGUCGCGAGCUGCGAGGGUUGUAAAUCGUUUUUUAAACGAAGCAUUCGCUGUCACGUCCAGUAUUCGUGCCGGUUCAACUAUCAAGCGUGCCCUAUUAACGUGAAAACGCGCAGCCGAUGUCAGUAUUGUCGUUUGCAGAAAUGCCUUCGCGUCGGAAUGAGAAAAGAAGGUCGGUUCAAUUUGUCGACAAGUUUAAACUGAACUAACUUAGUUUAUGCUGGAUAGCUCCAUCAGUUCUAGAUUGUUCUCCCUAGAAGUCCACCAACAAUCAUCCUUAAUUAGUCCAUUGUUACUGCAAGAGAAAACCUAAACUAUAAUUAAACUAACUUUAUCUAUACGAGAUAACUCCAUCAGUCCCAAACUCAUCCAGCUCUUGUUCGUCGAAACUAAACUAACCUUUUACUCUGUAACUCUAUCAGUUCAAAAAUCUUUCUCAAGGGGUCUAGGAAAGCCUAGGAAAUAUAAACUACGCUAACUUUAUUUGAACUGGAAAGCUGUAACUUCUGAUCUGACAUUAUUCAUCUUUUAUUUUCUAGCAAUAAAGCAGCCAGAAACGACGAACUUCCCCCCACCUCUCCUAUUGAGUUGUCCCACAGCUACCCCUCACCCUUACCCUUACAAAGCCCCCACCCAACACCCCUUACCUUCUCCCCACCUGACGUCCCUCGUGCGAGCAAACUGGCUCGCAAGAUGCCGGGAGCCGAUAAAAUAUGUAACCCUAGUUAACGUCCCAAUGAAACAAGAACGAAUUACCACACGAAUCUUGCGAUACAUCGUCGAGUGGGCGAAGUCGCUACCUUUCUUCAUGAAUUUGUGUGAAAGUGAUAAACAGUCGAUGCUCGAAGCGUGUUGGCUCGAGCUGUUUUUACUCGUAGUCACUCAGUAUCAGUUACUGCCCGAUUUGGCAAAGUUGUUGUUGUUGUUAAAGGGGCGCAAUGUGGAUAAAACAGUGCGUCAGAUCGAGAUUGAGGUUAACAGGUGUAGAGCGUUGAAUUGUGAUGACAUUGAAAUGGAAUGCUUGAAAGCGAUUGUACUUUAUAAUGCAGGUAACACUAGAAGACAAAGUUGGUUUGGUAUAGGUUUCCUCUUGUAACACCACCCAACCGUAACGGAACCUGGAUGGUCCUUGCUGGACCUCUAGGAAAAACAUAUUAGAACUGAUAGAGUAUUUAUAAAAUUAGUUUAGUUUUGGUUUCCUCCUGUAGUAACACUGGAUCAAUAAGAGAUGAUCCUUACUGGACCUCUAGGAAGAACAGUUUAGAACUGAUAGAGCUAUCCAGGAUAAAUAAAAUUAGUUUAGCUUUGGUUUCAUCCUGUAGUAACACUGGAUCAAUAAGAGAUGAAUCCUCACUGGACCUCUAGGAAGAACAGUUUAGAACUGAUAGAGCUAUCCAGGAUAAAUAAAAUUAGUUUAGCUUUGGUUUCAUCCUGUAGUAACACUGGAUCAAUAAGAGAUGCAUCCUCACUGGACCUCUAGGGAGAACAUAUUAGAACUGAUAGAGCUACCCAGGAUAAAUAAAGUUAGUUUAGUUUAGGUUUCCUCCUGUAGGAACACUGGAUCAAUAAGAGAUAGAACUGAUAGAGCUAUCCAGUAUAAAUAAAGUUGACUUAACUCAAUCUCUGGAGACCACGUCUUAGAAUUGAUAAGGAUAUCAACUUAGGGAUAUAUAGGGAUUUAGAACUGACAGAGCUAUCGACUUUAUUUUUCAGACUGUGUAGAUUUAACAGAUGAAUUAACAACGCGACGUUUGCAAGAGGAGAUCCUAGUAUCCAUGGACGACCACGUACGUUCCAGAUAUCCCAAUAUAUCCAUAGCCCACCUUGGUCGUAUCCUAUUGUACCUACCGAGAUUACGUUACGUGAAAUUCCUAGUGCCCCGAGAUUUUAUAUUUCCCGAAGUAACAAAAAAUCCUGAUUUUAUAUCAACAUUCAUAAAAGAUGUCUUAUAUUUGCCAUCAACAUUUAGAAGUGAUCCAAAAAUUGUUAGCUACAAUGCUUUGCCUCGUUGA